AUGAAAGUCCAUCCUGUCUUCAACAUUGCCCUAUUACACAAAAAGCCAGUAGACAAGUAUGACCGUGAUCCAGUCCCACUCCCCCCAGUUGUCACAGCUGAUGGAGAAGAGGAAUAUACUGUUGAAAGGAUCCUAGACUCCAAGAAAGUGGUCAGAACAAUAUCAGACAGGGGAACCACAUUCACAGGGAAGUUCCUAAGGGCGCUCUACCAACGCCUUGGAGUAAAACCAUCCUUUUCAUCAGCCUACCACCCGGAGUCCGAUGGACAAACAGAGAGGGUGAACCAGUUCAUUGAGUUCUACCUAAGGUCAUACGUUGCAGCAGACCACUUAGACUGGGCCUCCUGGCUACCAUUAGCAGAAUAUGCCUACAACAACGCUAAGCACUCCGCCACCGGGAAAACCCCCUUUGAGUUGGUAUAUGGAAGGAAUCCAGUAAUGAAUCCGUCCAACGUCCCCGCUAACGUACCAGAAGCCGACCACGUGGCUAAUACCUUGGCACAGGAAUGGAAGGAAGCAGAAUCCGCCCUAAGAAUGACAAAGGAAAAAAUGGCAGGAAGCAAGGGAGUGACCCCAGAAUACUCCAUCGGGGAAGAGGUCUGGCUUGACGCCAAGAAUGUGGAAAUACGCUCCAACUCCAACAAAUUGGACCCCAAACGCCUAGGACCCUUCAGAAUCACUGAGAAAAUCUCCAGCCACGCGUACUGCCUGGAACUUCCCAAAACCAUGAAGAUCCACAAUGUAUUCUAUGUGGGAUUAUUGUCCAAAGUCCACAGGUCCCCAAGCCAACCACUCCCAGAACAACCCCCUCCUGAAACAAUAGAAGGGGAAGAGGAGUAUGAAGUUGAACAAAUCAUUGACUCCAAACAACAAAAGGGAAAGUGGUUUUACUUGAUAAAAUGGAAGGGAUAUGGCCCAGAAGACAAUUCAUGGGAACCCAAGGAACUGCUGGAACACAGUCAGGAAGAGAUCAAACGCUUCAACCAAGCUAGACUCAGAAAGGCUUGUGACGCCGCCAAGAGCCUUUUGUCAUGA